CCUUUUAUCAGAUUUCAUGGUAUAAAAAGGACUUUGGCGCUUAAUUCACACUAUACGUUGCUGAGACAAAUUCAGACCUCCUGUUUUGGAAGAUGCAUUUAUCCUAUCUUUUAGUUUUUUUGUUUUCUUCUCACAGUGGUCUGAGUACCGCUUGCCCAAGAAGAUGCAGCUGUGACCCUGCCCAGUCAGUGCAAUGCUACAGAGCUACAGAGAUCCCCAGAGAGAUUCCUUUCGCUACUAGAAGGCUCUACAUCAGCCACAGCAAAAUUAAGCAACUCCAGAUUACUGACUUCAGAAGAAUGUCAGCCCUGGAAGAGCUAGUCCUGUCAUGCAGUGGUACAGAAUCAAUAGAAAAUAACACUUUCAAAGCUCUGAGCACCUUGAAGUCCCUCGAACUCUACAAAAACCAGCUGAAGCAAAUACCUAUCUUCCUCCCAUCUGGCCUUGAAAUUUUAAAACUCGCCGAUAAUUCCAUCAAUACUUUGCAUGCGACUGAUUUUGAAGGUUUGGUAAAACUAAGAGUGCUUGAUAUCAGGAACAACUUGAUUGCAACUCUGCCUUCGAGUGCAUUUUCUUCCCUCUUCAAUUUACAGAGUCUCAUUCUGGAUGGCAACAACAUGGAAUCUGUGUCUGCACCAGUUAAGCUUCCAAGGUUGAAAUAUCUAAGCAUGGCUGACAACAAACUAAACUCUCUCCCAACCAGCUUCUUUACAUCUUUCAAAAAUCUACAGUUUCUCAGUUUAAGUGGAAACUUUCUGACAAAAGUGCCCCUUGACCUACCUAAAUCCUUGCUGUCACUAAAACUAGAGAAAAACCAACUCAAAACAGUACGACUUCAAGACAUGAAACAUCUAGAAAACUUGUCUGAGUUCUUCCUUUCAGAAAAUCAGUUGACAUCAAUAGAUGGUGCCCAUCUCCUUCCUAACUUAACAACAUUGGAGCUCUCUAAGAACCAGCUCCAGGCUCUGCCACUCAGGCUGCCAGGCAGACUGCAGAAACUUGACUGCAGCAAUAACCUGAUUCAGAGGGUGACAGCACAAGAAUUCCAAGGACUACAGGACCUGAAACAUUUGUUUCUUGACAACAACGCUGUCAGCAUGUUCGAGGCAGGAGCCCUUCAGCAGUGUGCACAGCUUUCUAACCUAGCACUGGAACAGAAUCUCCUUAUUUCUAUCCCACUGAGACUUCCAGAUACCCUUGCUAGAUUGGAUCUAAAGGGAAAUGACAUAGAAGAUGUUGGAGAACAAGAACUGAAGGACUUGAAACAGCUGCAGGUUUUAAAUUUAAGGAACAACAAGAUAUCCGCCUUGGAUCGCAAAGUCUUAGAGUAUUUACCUCGUCUCCGGCAUCUCUAUUUAGAUGGAAACCCUUGGAAUUGCACCUGUGACCUUCUGAGAACCAGAGGAGUCUUAAUGGCCAAAGGAACGGAUGUCAGGGGAGGGCAGUGUGCAGCACCAGCAGAACGCCGAGGAGAAAGUUGGAUGUCUUCCAAAAAGAUUCUGCAGCAGUGUGAAGAUAAUCUGUCUUCCAUAGAAAAAGGCAAGGAGGACAGAAAGAAAAUGAAACCCAAUGAGGCCUCCAGUGUUGCAGUAAAUACAGAUGAUGAUUACUAUGAUUAUGAACUAGAUUAAUGCCAUGGUUAAUCUAUCAUGAAUGUUAAAGCUGUUUAGAGCUGUCCACCACCACCAGUAUCCCAACUGACAACCAACUUGCUGUGUUGCCAUUUAAUUUUCCUCUUUAAUUUGUACUAUAAAUGCUAAUAGCUGGUGACAAAGGGGCUAUAAUAAGGAUGCCAUUAUAAACUGAAAUUUGUAAAAAUAACAGCUGUUUUUCUUUGCCAUUAGUACUAUAUAGCUUGAAGUA